AAUAAAGGCUGUACUACACUAGCAGCUAAACAAGUCUCGAGGGGCGCUCCCCUUUCUCCUUGUGCAACGGCCAAUCUUUCCCAGAGCGUACCUCACUUAUAGUACCCCGCACUGCCAGUUUUUGAGCAAUCGGCCUCAUGCUAUCGUCUGCCAUCGUUAGCGUCGCAUGCCGGAUCAAAGCCGUAAUGAACGAUGUACAAACAGGUAAUUAGAUCAACAGAUUAAUGUGAUUUCCAGUUCGGUGUCAAGUUCGUUUCAAUCUUAAUACACCAAGUGAAGGUUUAUAAAGAAACAUGGGGACUAUUGAUGUGGAAAGACUGCGAUCAGCUGUUAAAUCAACGAUCGACAAUGCCAAUCAAGAUUUAAGGAAAGGCAUCAACCAAGCAUUACACGAACACCCGGAGACUGCAUAUGAAGAAGAGUUCGCACAUACUACGAUCACCAAGUUUCUUGAAGACCGAGGAUUCAACGUGAAGCGCAGCACCUACGGCUUGGCAACAAGUUUUGAAGCCGAAACCGGCUCUUCCGGACGUCUCGUCGUUAUCUGCGCUGAGUAUGAUGCCUUGCCACAGAUCGGACACGCAUGCGGGCAUAAUCUAAUCGCCACCUCGUCCAUUGCUACUUUUCUCGGAGCUGCGGCAGCCUUGAAACAGAGUGGUGCUUCCGGACGGCUUCGCUUACUCGGAACCCCGGCCGAAGAGGGUGGGGGCGGCAAAGCGAAACUGAUUGAUGCCGGCGCGUUCAAUGAUGCCUCCGCCGCUAUCAUGGCUCAUCCAAUGCCGAAAAACCAACUUUCCAAUGAGUCUAAUGGCUGGUCUGGUUUGGCGGCAAUGAAAAUGAUUGCAAGUCACAAAUUCCACACUGAGUUUCGUGGCAAGACCGCACACGCCGCCAACGAGCCGUGGAAUGGCGUCAACGCUCUAGACGCUGCCGUGGCGGCAUAUAGCAGUAUCGGGCUACUUCGACAGCAAAUCAAACCAGAUGAGCGAAUCCAUGCCGUUAUUGAGGUCGGCGGUACAGUACCCAACGUCAUUCCGGACUACACGCGUAUGAACUGGAACGUUCGGAGUCCUACUAUCGCUGGGGCCGACAAGUUACUUUCUCGUGUCAAGGCUAAUAUAGAAGCCGCUGCGACGGCGACGGGAUGCGAGUUAAACUACAUCACUGCGCCGACGUACUCGAACAUGAUUGCAAACAAAUCUCUAUGCAAUACAUACGUGAGUGAGAUGUCAGCAAUAGGAGAGAAAGUACUUCUAUGGAGAGAAAAACCUGUAACGGCGUCGACUGAUAUGGGCAACGUUUCUCAAGUCGUGCCUAGUUUCCACGGCGCAUUCGGCAUCCCGACGGCCCCGGACGUUGCACUUCACAACCCUCGCUUCGCCGCAGCAGCGAGCACAGACGAAGCUCACGAGGUUUGUCUUCAGUGCGCUAAGGGAAUGGCAAUGUUAGUAAUGCAGGUACUUCUGGACGAUGAGCUUGCGUCCAACGCUAGAGGGGAUUUUGAACAUGAUAAAGACUGGUGAUCCUAGCUUUGUGUCCAUCGAUGGGGCCUCCAGAAGCGAUUAAAAGCCCUCUGUUCUGCUUGCUAGAGUAGAUCAGGCGUAAAUAAUAGGGGAUAUGGUAAGUCCGAUACCGGCAAUGAGGAAAUGGGAAAAGGGGGUAGCGUAAAUUGGAUCACCUGUAUGUUCUAAGUCACCUUACCUAGG